AUGUCGCAAAAUCAUCCAUUUCUAGGCAGUGUCUCCUACAAAAAUGAAAAACCAAAUACUAUCAACAUCAACAAGAAUCUUAGAGUUAAAAUUGAAAAGAUGAAUCAAGAUAUUGCCAAAAUGUAUUUUGCAAAUAAUCAUGAUGUCCCAAUUCCCAUUCCGAAUGGUUUUGUUUGUAUGUGUACGACAAAUGAUGAAGAAAUAAUUCCGUCUGCCGAUAGUUAUCUUAUCACUUGGUCUUCCAGCUAUGCAUUGUUCUUAAACGGUGAAGAAGUUUUUAAAUUAGUGCAUAAACAACAGUCGAUUGUUAAGGGGGAAUACUUAUUAAAAUAA